AUGGGCGAAAUGGAACAAAGAGCCACAUCUUUAAAAGGUCCCUUUUCUUCAGCGACGCGCAAACUUUUGUCAGUAUCUACGAACGAAGAAAAUGUUACCACGACCUUCCCCGUCGCCGGGAAUUUGACCAUAGACGAAGCUGUGGCUCUGUAUCGCGAGGUCGAAGCUUUCCAGAAAGAGUACAAAAUGGCUAAAUACAAGGUCCCAGAGUAUGCCCUGACGUUCUUCAAGUCUCCCAAAGAAAUCGAGCUCGCUAUGAUCCGCGGCACUCUCAACCUCCGCGCUCGCGAGAUAUCCAUCGCCCUCUUCCACAACUUCGUGGCCUACCCAACACCCACAGGCAGCCUCCCAGCCACCGACCCUACUACCAUUCUGCUCCGAGACUACCGUUCCAGUCUAGUCUCCGUCAAUGCCAAAUGGGCUGACCUUCUCGCCGAGAAACUCAGCCGCCGUCAGGAAUCCAAAGCUUUACGCCGCCGUCAUAAGCGUCGCAAUCGCCGGUUCUUACACUCGCAGCUGGCAUGGUGGAGAGCUGUGCGUGAAGAAGCAAAGGAAAUGAAAUACGAUGCCGAUGUGGAGGAAGAUGAUUGUCCUGAAACACACAGAGCUGCUAGAAGAACUGCAGAGAAGAGGGAGAGGAGGAAGCGGUACUACGCCAGGAAGAACGAAAUGAGAAGAAAUGGCUGCGUGCUUACAAAAGCUCUGGGGGAUAUCGAGAGGAUCUCUUCUGCAUUCAUCCUGCCUACUAUCGUCAGCGCGCUGAGCGAGGUUGCAUCUCUGCUCAUUUUCUUCUCAGACCUGCGGAUGAAAUAG